GUUACUUCUCUUUAUUUGGAUGCACUUGUCAAAGUAUAAGUGACGUUUAAGAGUUUGGACCCAUCAAAGCCAGUGAAAUGCUACAGGAGAAAAGUUUAUCUGACGGUGAGGAUGGGUUUACAACAGGCCAAACCACUGGACAUGUUGAAGCAGCAGCAGGAUCACCAGGACUGGGAGUAGCUGGACUAAGCAACUCCCUGAGCAGUCCACAGAGCCAAGAUCCAGAGCAGACAAUAGAAAAUAUCAAAGUAUACCUUCAUGAGAAGGAACUGUGGAAGAAGUUUCAUGAAGCAGGAACUGAAAUGAUUAUAACCAAAGCUGGCAGACGAAUGUUUCCCAGCUACAAAGUUAAAGUCACUGGGAUGAACCCCAAGACUAAAUACAUUCUACUCAUAGACAUUGUUCCAGCUGAUGACCACCGGUACAAAUUCUGUGACAACAAAUGGAUGGUGGCUGGAAAAGCAGAACCUGCAAUGCCUGGAAGGUUAUAUGUUCAUCCAGAUUCCCCAGCAACUGGAGCUCACUGGAUGAGACAGCUGGUGUCAUUUCAAAAAUUAAAGCUGACCAACAACCAUCUUGAUCCCUUUGGACAUAUUAUUUUAAACUCAAUGCACAAAUACCAGCCAAGGUUACAUAUUGUCAAAGCAGAUGAAAACAAUGCAUUUGGAUCCAAAAACACAGCUUUCUGUACACAUGUAUUUUCAGAGACAGCAUUUAUAUCUGUGACCUCAUAUCAAAAUCACAAGAUAACCCAGUUAAAAAUUGAAAAUAAUCCCUUUGCCAAAGGCUUUAGGGGAAGUGAUGACAGUGACCUCCGUGUGGCUCGAUUGCAAAGUAAAGAAUAUCCUGUGAUCUCAAAAAGUAUCAUGAGACAACGAUUGGUGUCAAGUCAUCCAGGGCAACUGCCAAGCAAAUCAGACCUUAAUGCACUGCAUGGUAGCCACCAAGGCCUUCAGCAUUAUCAAUAUGAGAACGGGGCACACAUACAGUUCACUGCAUCCGAUGCUCAGGAUCUGCCGCUCAACACCUUCACAGCACAAAGGGAUUCUGGGUUGUUUUAUCACUGUUUAAAAAGAAGAGAGGGUGCACGCCACCUUGAGCUUCCUUGCAAGAGAUCUUACCUAGAUCCCUCUUCUUCUAUGACAGACGAUCAUUACUUUCGAUCCCCUCCACCGUACGACCAGCAGAUGUUGAGCCCACCUUAUCGCAAUGAUGUGACGCCCAGAGAAGCAUGUAUGUACUCUACUUCAGGACCAGAAAUUGGAGGAGUAUCAGGUGUGGAUGAUUUGCCUCCACCACCCCCACCGUUAAGCUGUAAUAUGUGGACUUCUGUUGCACCUUACACAGGUUAUAGUGUCCAAACAAUGGAAACUGUACCGUACCAGCCUUUUCCGACUCACUUUUCCGCGACCACCAUGAUGCCUCGCCUUCCAACAAUUGCAAGCCAAGGAUCUCAGCCUCCAAGUGAAUCUCACUUUAGUGUCUACAAUCAGCUUUCACAGUCUCAGGUACGGGAGAGAGUUCCCACUUCAUCCUUUCCUAGAGAGAGAGUUCACCCUUCCCUGUGUGAAAGAAAACCUCCAUCCCCUCACAUAAACGCAGCCAAUGAGUUUUUAUAUUCUCAAAGCUUUUCUUUAUCUAGAGAAUCAUCCCUACAGUAUCAUUCAGGCAUGGGGACUGUGGAAAACUGGACCGAUGGAUGACUGCAGCUGCAACAGACUGAAUACUCAAAUUCAAGUCAUGUUCUAUUGACCAAGAAAAUCUAAUCUAUGUUGUGUUAACACCUGUGAGUAUCCUGCACUUAAGUAAAGUCUUCCUCCAUGAUCUGAAAGAAAUACUAUACAGGGUAAAAUUAUCCACCAAGAUGGCUUAUGUCUACCAUGUAUGCAACAUUGAGCUUAUCAAAACAGGUGCCAUAGCAGAUAUUUGUAGGAUUAUGAAAAAAUAAGAUACAAUGAUGGAAUCACUAAAAUGUUUGCAUGCUGAAUAGCUAUUUAUACCUAUACAUAUGUGUAUAUAUAAAAGUAUAUAUAUAUCUAUC